AUGGGUUUGGGACAUAAUCGGACACGGCUGCUGUGCAUGCUGUCUCUAACUCUUGGAUUUUGUAUCGUUGAAGUUGUGGUUAGCAGAAUAACGGCGUCUCUCUCAAUGUUGUCUGACUCUUUUCAUAUGCUGUCGGAUGUAAUUGCCUUGGCGGUUGCGCUGAUCGCCGUGAGCUUUGCGCAGUCAACUCGAUCCACAAGUAAAAACACUUACGGAUGGAUCCGCGCAGAAGUGAUGGGAGCUUUAGUUAACGCUGUGUUUUUGACGGCCCUCUGCUUCACUAUUUUACUAGAAGCCAUUGAGCGCUACACUUUACCACACGAGAUCGAGAAUCCACGCGUGGUCAUCUGGGUUGGCAUUGCUGGUCUCCUGGUGAACCUGCUUGGUCUUUUCCUGUUCCAUGGACACGCAGGGUUUGGUGGGCAUGGGCACUCUCAUGGGGGGCACUCACAUGGUGGUGGACACUCUCAUGUUCACAAGAGGAAGCGCAGAGAUUAUGAAAAAUCAAAGGCACAUGAAGAGGUGUACAAUCUCAUGAUAAACAGCAUCAUUUCACAAGAUCAACCUGCUGAAUCUACAUCAGACAACAUAGAUUUCAGAAUCACUGCCAAUGGCUCUUUGGAGGAUCUGGAUCAAAGUUCGGAGUCAGCCUCCCAGUUGAACAUGCGUGGGGUGUUCCUGCACGUGUUGGGUGAUGCAUUAGGUUCCGUCGUUGUGGUAUUCAAUGCUUUGAUUUUUACUUUUGUGUGGACGCCUUGCCACAGCGACGGUAUCUGCUUCAAUCCCUGCCGUAGCAGCCACUUCACCAAACACCAGCAUGUUAAUACCACCGUCCUGAGCAUUUCCAAACUAUCCUCCAACAGGGACCCCAGAACUGUCUCUGUAGCUGGGCCGUGCUGGGUGCUUUACCUGGACCCAACACUAUGUGUAAUAAUGGUGUUGAUUUUACUCUACACAACUUUCCCUCUUCUGAAGGAGUCGGCUCUCAUCCUCCUGCAAACAGUACCAAAACAGAUUGAUAUGCACAAACUGAAUGGUAAGCUAAGGAGUCUGGAUGGUGUUCUUGCUGUCCAUGAUCUGCACAUCUGGCAAUUGGCUGGGAGUCGCAUUAUUGCCACUGUUCACAUCAAAUGUGCAGAUCCAUCCUCAUACAUGGACAUAGCAAAACGCAUUAAAGACUUCUUCCAUGAUCAGGGCAUCCAUGCUACUACUGUUCAACCAGAGUUUUCUUCUAUUACUGAAGAAUCUUGUGACUCCCGCUGUGAGCUUUCUUGUCGGAGUCAGUGCGGCCCUAAGCUUUGUUGUGAUCCGACCAAAAGAACUAAGCCAGAGUUGCCCUCGAGUAAAGAAAAGUCCCACAGGCAUGUUGUAGGAUGGGGUGAUCAGAAGAAAUUGGAGGAUACUGUCCACACGGAGAUGGAAUCAACAGUUUAGGUCAACUAUGACAUUAUCCGUAGUACUGCAUGUGUUGCAGAGGACCGCUUACUCAGUGUUGAUAUUCUCAAUUGCAGGAAUUGUGUCAAAUUAGGGCAAUUGUCUGGACUUCAUCAAAUCUGCUUAUUGUGGAAUUAUGUUUUAGAGAGUGUGUGUUGUUAUGUCCAAAAGCAUUAGAUUCUAUGCUAUGUUCUGUAUUUUAACCUGUACAAUGAAACUGCAAUGCAUAAUUUUAUCCAUGUUGUGUACUGUUGUUUUUUAUCGCUAAGUAGAUAGAUACAGUAUUUAUUAAUUGCAAAUAAAGUCUGAGAUUUAUGAGAUUAAGAAAUAGAUUGAUGCAAAUGAUAUUAGGAGCAGAUACUUAUUUCUCAAAAGUUAUAAUGCAAGAAUAUAUCAUUUCAUAUUUGUAUUUGUGUUUUUAAAUACAUAUAUGAAGCACUUUGGCCAAACAAUACAGGCAUUCAAUACACUACUUGUUCACCUGUGAGAUAAAUUAUUUAUUAUUU